AUGGCAGAUCAAAUCCGCGUCCUUCUCGUCGGAAACGGUGGCCGUGAACACGCGCUUGCGUGGAAACUCCUACAAUCCCCACGCGUCUCUCACAUUUACGUGUGUCCAGGAAAUGGCGGCACCGCGACGCUGAGCUCGAAAGUAACAAACGUCACAUCCGUCAAGGAUUCCGAUUUCGCCGGCCUCGUCGUAUUUUCAAAAGAGAAGGAUGUCAAUCUACUCAUCCCUGGGCCUGAAGCGCCAUUGGUCGCUGGCAUCGUCGACUACUUCGAGAAGAACGGCUACAGCGGGAAAGUCUUCGGUCCAAGCGAAGCAGCAGCACGAAUGGAAGGCAGCAAGACCUUCAGCAAAGACUUCAUGAAGCGCCACUCCAUCCCCACCGCCGCAUACGAGAACUUCUCCUCCUUCGAUGCUGCCGCCAAAUACCUCGAUUCCAUCUCCCACAACGUCGUCAUCAAGGCGUCCGGCCUAGCUGCUGGCAAGGGCGUGAUCAUACCACAAACGAAGGAUGAAGCACACGCCGCGCUCAAGGAUAUCAUGCUAGACAAGGAAUUCGGCAACGCAGGCGAUGAAGUCGUAAUCGAGGAAUUCCUGACCGGCGACGAACUCAGCAUCCUCUCCUUCUCGGACGGGAAGACGAUCAAAUCCCUCCCGCCAGCACAAGACCACAAGCGCAUCGGCGACGGCGACACAGGCCCCAACACAGGCGGCAUGGGCACAUACGCGCCCACGCGCAUCGCACCGCAAGACGUCCUAGCCCGCAUCGACAAAGACAUCCUACAGCCCACCAUCGACGGCAUGCGCGCCGAGGGCUUCGAGUUCAAAGGCGUCCUAUUCACCGGCCUGAUGAUGACCCCACAAGGCCCCAAAGUCCUCGAAUACAACGUGCGCUUCGGCGAUCCGGAAACGCAGUCCCUCCUCGCGCUCAUGGAGUCGGAUCUCGCGGACGUCAUGCUCGCCUGCGCCGACGGCAAGCUGUCCGCUACGGAUCUGAAGGUCGGCGGGAAAUCCGCGGCGACGGUCGUGGUGGCGGCGGGCGGAUACCCGGGGAGCUAUGCCAAGGGCACGGUUAUGACGCUGGAGCAGACGCCGGCGGAUGUGGUGUUGUUCCAUGCGGGUACGGUGUUUGAGGAGGGUGUGCUGAGGACGAGUGGGGGGAGGGUUAUUGCGAGUACGGCGACGGCGGGGACGCUGGAGGAUGCGGUGAAGAAGGCGUAUGAGGGGGUGGGGUGCAUACGUUUCGAGGGGAUGCAGUUCCGGAAAGACAUUGCUGGGCGAGCGUUGAAGAAGUAG